UCUGAGGGCACAGCGCACAGGGUCUAGCAGAAGACUCUGAUGACAGUCUGGUCCCCAAGCCUCGGCCUCCAGUCUCCCCACGUCUCUAUGGCCAACACCGCUCUCCCCGGCUCGUGCCCUCCCCACUCCCUUCCGGCUGCCGGCGUGCCCUCCCUCCCUGGUGGCAGCGGCUCCUCUCACCCUCUGCUCCCACUUGUUGCAAUUGCUGUACAAAGGGCCGGGGCAGAGGUGGGGGCCGGGCGAGGGCAGCCGGGCCCGAACUGGCUGCCUCUGCCGGGCCACGGCCAAUCCAGAGCGCGCCCGCGCGGGAGGGCCCUGGGCAGCCGCCGCCGGCGGGUGGAGCCGCGGGCAAAGCGCGGAGCUCGUGAAGUAGACGGCCCUGCCGCCCGCCGCCCGCCCGGGCUCUCUGGCUUCGCCAUGCCGCCGUGGGGCGCCGCCCUCGCGCUCAUCUUGGCUGUGCUCGCCCUGCUCGGCCUGCUUGGCCCGCGGCUCCGGGGACCCUGGGGGCGCGCCGUCGGAGAGAGGACCCUGCCGGGGGCCCAAGACCGGGACGACGAGGAGGCGGACGGCGGAGGCCCCGCGGACCAGUUCAGUGACGGGAGCGAACCACUGCCGGGCGGGUGCAGCCUUGUCUGCAAGCCGUCGGCCCUGGCCCAGUGCCUGCUGCGCGCGCUGCGGCGCUCGGCGGUGCUGGAGCCCGGCCCGCGCUCUUGGCUCUCCGGGCCCCACGUGCAGACCCUCUGUCACUUCAUCCUGCCCGUGGUGCCUGGGCCUGAGCUGGCCCGGGAGUACCUGCAGUUGGCGGACGAUGGGCUAGUGGCCCUGGACUGGGUGGUGGGACCUUGUGUUAGGGGCCGCCGGAUCACCAGCGCCGGGGGCCUUCCUGCGGUGCUUCUGGUGAUCCCCAAUGCGUGGGGUCGCCUCACCCGCAACGUGCUCGGCCUCUGCUUGCUCGCCCUGGAGCGCGGCUACUACCCGGUCAUCUUCCAUCGUCGCGGCCACCACGGCUGCCCACUGGUCAGCCCCCGGCUGCAGCCUUUCGGGGACCCGUCCGACCUCAAGGAGGCGGUCACAUACAUCCGCUUCCGACACCCGGCGGCGCCGCUGUUCGCGGUGAGUGAAGGCUCGGGCUCGGCGCUGCUACUGUCCUACCUGGGCGAGUGCGGCUCCUCCAGCUACGUGACAGGCGCCGCCUGCAUCUCGCCCGUGCUGCGCUGCCGUGAGUGGUUCGAGACCGGCCUACCCUGGCCCUACGAGCGGGGCUUUCUGCUCCACCAGAAGAUCACUCUCAGCAGGUAUGCCACAGCCCUGGAGGACACUGUGGACACCAGCAGACUGUUCAGGAGCCGUUCCCUUCGAGAGUUUGAGGAGGCUCUCUUCUGCCACACCAAAAGCUUCCCCAUCAGCUGGGAUACCUACUGGGACCGCAACGACCCCCUCCGGGAUGUGGACGAGGCGGCCGUGCCUGUGCUAUGUAUCUGCAGUGCUGACGACCCCGUGUGUGGACCCCCAGACCACACUCUGACCACUGAACUCUUCCACAGCAACCCCUACUUCUUCCUCCUGCUCAGUCGCCACGGAGGCCACUGUGGCUUCCUGCGCCAGGAGCCCUUGCCAGCCUGGAGCCACGAGGUCAUCUUGGAGUCCUUCCGGGCCUUGACUGAGUUCUUCCGAAUGGAGGAGAGGAUGAAAGGGCUGAGCAGGCACAGAGCUUCCUUCCUUGGGAGCCGUCGUCGCGGGGGAGCCUUGCAGAGGCGAGAGGUCUCUUCCUCUUCCAACCUGGAGGAGAUCUUUAGCUGGAAGCGAUCAUACACAAGAUGAGAGACCUGGCCCAAGAACCCCCAAGUCCUGCAAAGAAAAACAGAGCUGGGCAAGGGAGAGUCCUGGAAAGAUGGGGUGGACUGAACAGAGGGAGCUCCAGCUCUGUGCUCCUCAUUCAGUCCCUCUCUCUUAAACUGGUGCCUUGAAGGAGAUGGAAUGCCCUGCGAGCCUGCGCUCACUUCAUCCUCAGCAGAACUCCUGCCUGGCCUCUGCUCGGCAUAUCCCUACUCAUCCGGUCAGCAGCGGAGUGUUCCAGUCACUGUCUCCUGUCACUGACAUCACAAGCCAAAGGAUGGCACUUUUUCAAUCCAUGGACACAGGAGAAAAUGCCCUCUUACUGGCAGUGACUAGAGGGAUGAGACAUUUGUGUAUGUCAUAGGGCAGUGACCCCGAUUCUCAAGUGGCCCUGGAGCCACUUGAUGUCAUUAGGACAGGAUGUUUGUGUCUCAGCCCCACUUCCCUCAUUUGCUCUGUGGUUGUGGCACCCUGCUUUGACCGAAUGCUCUGGCACCUGCGGCAGCAGGCUUGUGUGUGUGAGAAGGGUGGCAGAGGCAGUGGGGCUGGCUCGGUGAGGGCCCGGCAGGUAGAGAAUGUGAACGUCCAUCUCAAGGAAUGCGAAGGUCCAAUCUCUCAGAGGAGCUCUGCAAGUCCCAGCUGGGAAUGGGGCUGAUCUGGCCCCCAAGCCUCACUGGAGAGAUCCCAAGAGUAUUUUACAAAUAGGAAGCGCUCUCAUGCAGGGUCUGAGGGCUUUGCUAGACCAUGGUUCAAGGAGUCAGAAUCUUGGCUACUCUACAUGCUCCCUCUGGCACCAUUUCAGGGGAUUACUCCAGAGAGCUGCAGCCAGAGCUGUUUAUCUCCUGAGAUAUGGACUUUCUCUAAAUCAGGAAAAGUACAAACCUCAUAACUUAGGUGUUUUCUGGUUAGUUGCUCCCUUUUCUGAUGCUACUACUGGCCUCUCCCUUUCCAGAGCCAGGAGACACAUCUGGGACCAGAGGAAACAAAAGCACCAAGAGGUUGACUAGAGCUGACCAGUGAUUUACAAAUAUUUCACAUUACAAUGUUUUGUCUGCUCAAUUACUCAAAGGCCAUCCCUUUAAAGGCAGAAAAGCUUCCUCUUAGAUCUAGCCACUCAGCAACUAAGUGGGUAUUUGGUUUUAUGAAGAAUAAUGCUGAGGACCAGAGAUAGUACAUCAGAGAUAAGAUACAGUAUACAAGUUGAUCUAAAUAUUCUGGUUUGGAUUAGGCAAUUAAAAUUUUUUUGGCAACAGGA